AUGGCCUCAGCAACAUCCUUCCGCCAAAUCGUCGGCGCCCCGCCAACGACGGCCUCACCCACAGACAGCACACUCAUCAUCAUCGACGCCCAAAACGAGUACGCAGAAGGAAAACUCGCUGUCCAGGACGUCGCCUCCUCACGCAAGGCCAUCGCCGCUCUGCUGCAAAAGUACCGUAACGCAGGCCAGGCUGGCAGCAUCGUGCACGUCGUCCACGCCACCCCCGAAGGCGCACCCGUCUUUACCCCCGGGACCAAGCUGGCCGAGGAGUUUGACGAGCUGAAGCCCAAGGAUGGUGAAAAGGUUGUGAGGAAGCAGUUCCCUGGUUCCUUUGCGGGGACGGAUUUGCAGGCGCAUUUGGAGGGGUCGGGUGGGAGGGGGAAGAAGAUUGUGUUGACUGGUUACAUGGCUCAUGUUUGCGUGUCUACUACUGCAAGGCAGGCUGCCCAGCGUGGAUUUGACGUUUUGGUGGCUGAGGAUGCGGUCGGCGAUCGUGACAUUCCGGGCGUUGAUGCCGCGCAGCUCGUCAAGGUUGCGCUGAGUGAGAUUGGUGAUGCUUUCGGUACCAUUGUACAGAGCAAGGACAUUGCUUAG